AUGAGCGCAGUUGGACUUGAGAAUGGAGUUUCAAAACUCGCUAUUAAUCAAGAUAGAGACUCAAACGAGACAGGUCAAUCUUUACCGUUUAGUCUAAAUCAGGAUUAUAUAGAUAAUCCUUUUAGCGGUAAGAAGGAUCAGUUUGACCAAGUGCUUGAUGUGCUUGACUCCACAGGUUUUAUCCCCGAGCCGCUAUUAGAAUCGGAAGCAAAAUGGUUUUAUGAAUCUUUGGGUAUUGAUGAUGUCUUUUUUGCUAGACUGUCGCCAGAGGAAAUCGCGGGACAUAUACAUGCUUUAUAUGCCUGUAAAGUACAAGCGUUUGCAAAUUCAGGAGAACAGCCAUUGAUCUCAUACAAGAGAGAAGCUGAGGAUCAUGCUGUGUUUUUCGAUACAAUCGACGCACACGUUUACCAAAGAAACGUAUUUGAAGAAAGAAUCGACGAUAAGUACAUUGAUCCGUUUGAUGGUUCAGCAAAGAGUUACCGUUUAGAGUAUUUCUGCUCACCAUUGAAAUACGAAACUGACCCUAUUCUCAAUGGUGUUUACUCACAGAAUAAGAACUUGGGAGAGCAAUACGUUCGAUUGUUUUUCGUCUACAAAAACCACUUUAAUCCUUUAAAUGGUAAAGUUUCCAAGGAAGAAACUGAUAUCAACAAGAUUGGUGAUACAACUUUUUUGAAAAUUGCUUCUCCACAUACAAAGUCUCUCUACGAAAGUAUAAACAAAGAAGUCAUCACCUCUGCUGGGCCCAUUAUUAAGCAUUUUCCAAUUGACCAAAGUGAGGAGUAUAGAGUCAUUAUUGGAUAUCGACAACAUUCUGCCCCCAGGUAUAAUUCAGGUUUGAGCGAUUUGGCCAAUUACUAUAAAUUGCAAACCACUAGAAAAUACAUUGAGCAGUUUGCAAAUGGUGUUACUAUCAUCUCAAUGUAUGUAACCUCGAAACUGAGAAAGUCAUCAGUGGACUUGUCAAUUUAUCAAGUGAUCAAGGAGGCUUCUUUGUUAUACUGUAUUCCUCACAACUUCUUCCACGAUAGACUUAUUCAAGGAGAUUUAUCCCUACAAGAAUCCAUUUAUGCACAAUCAGGUGUAAUAUUUGUUACGCAUUUCUUGAAUCGGUUAGGACCAGAAUAUACUAAACUAUCAUCAUUAUUGGACCCUUCAAAAUCUACUGAACAUGCUGAAGUUUUGAAUAGUUUGAAGAAAAGGUUAAGAGCUGAAACGUACACUCAGGAAUAUAUCAAGGAGGUGUUCAAUGUGAGAAGUGAAAUUGUUCGCAAAUUGUAUCGUCAAUUUGCUGAUGUUCACUAUAUCAGAUCUUCAAUGGAAAAAACUUUAUCGUAUCAAAGAUUAUCGCAAAUAUCUCCCGUUGGAUCAGAAGAAGAGUUUGAAAACUUGUUGAGUAGAGAAUGCUCACAAAAUGAGCAUCAUGCAAUUGUGUUGAGGGCUUUGUACACAUUCAACAAGGCGAUAUUGAAAACCAAUUUCUACACACCCACAAAAGUCGCCUUGUCAUUCAGAUUGGACCCAUCGUUUUUACCAGAAGCGGAAUAUCCAGAGCGUCCUUAUGGUAUGUUUUUUGUUGUUGGCUCAGAGUUUAGAGGCUUUCACAUUAGAUUCAGAGACAUUGCUCGAGGUGGUAUCAGAAUCGUGAGACUGAGAUCAUUAGACGCCUACAAUGUCAAUGCUCGUAAUCUCUUUGAUGAAAAUUAUAACUUGGCAAACACACAACAACGUAAGAACAAGGAUAUUCCAGAAGGAGGAUCCAAAGGUGUGAUUUUGUUAGAUGCCGGAUCUGCUCAAGAUCGUUCACAAGCAAGUUUUGAAAAAUAUAUAGAUGCAUUGAUUGAUUUACUUUUGAAGCAACAUAUUCCUGGUGUUAAGGAUAAUUAUGUUGACUUGUACAAUAAGCCGGAAAUUUUGUUCUUGGGUCCUGAUGAAGGUACUGCUGGCUAUGUCAAUUGGGCCACUUUACAUGCAAGAGCAAGAGGAGCUCCUUGGUGGAAGUCGUUCUUGACUGGUAAAUCGCCACAACUUGGUGGUAUACCACAUGAUAAGUAUUCCAUGACCACCUUAUCGGUUCGUGCCUAUGUUAAUAAGAUUUACGAAAAAUUAAACAUUGAUGAUUCCACGAUUCGCAAGUUUCAAACUGGUGGACCUGAUGGUGAUUUGGGAUCCAAUGAGAUUUUAUUAUCCAGAAAUGAGAAUUAUGUUGGUAUUGUUGAUGGAUCGGGUGUCAUUUGUGAUCCAACUGGAUUGGAUAAGGGAGAGUUGAUCAGAUUAGCCAAGGAGAGGAAAAUGAUUGAACAUUAUGACAGAUCAAAACUAUCCCCAAAUGGAUAUAUUGUUUUGGUUGAUGAUAUGGAUGUUACCUUACCAAACGGUCAAGUGGUCACGAGUGGGGUUGCAUUUAGAAACACUUUCCAUUUGAAAUUGAAGAAGCAGUAUGGUGUAAAUGGAGUAGACCUUUUCGUUCCAUGUGGUGGUAGACCAGCAGCCAUUGACACAAACAAUGUGCAUGAAUUAAUUGACGAUAAAACCGGCAAGUCUGUUGUUCCCUACUUUGUUGAAGGUGCCAAUUUGUUCAUUACACAAUCUGCUAAAUUGAUUUUGGAGAAAGCAGGGAUUAUUAUUUUCAAAGACGCAUCAACAAAUAAAGGUGGUGUGACUUCGUCUUCCCUUGAAGUUCUUGCUGCUCUUGCCUUUGAUGACAAGGGAUUUUUGGAAAAUAUGUGUGUUAAUUCUGAAACUGGCACUAAACCUGAAUUUUAUGAGAAAUUUGUUAAAGAUGUUCAAAACAAGAUUGUAUUGAAUGCCAAUGCUGAAUUUGAAGCUCUUUGGAGAUUGCAUCAGGACACUGGUAUUCCAUUUACCAUAUUAUCGGACAAAUUAUCGCUCGCUAUUAAUAAGUUGGGCGAUGAAUUAGCAAACUCAAAGGAGUUAUGGGAAGAUGAUGUUGAUUUUAGAAAUGCCGUAUUAUUGGACUCCUUGCCACCUUUGUUGUUGGAAAAAAUUGGUAUCGAAAAUGUACUUGCCCGUGUUCCAAAGGCGUAUUUGAAAGCAAUAUUUGCUACACAUUUGGCUUCUAGCUUUGUAUACUCAAGAGGUAUCGAUUCAAAUCCUGCUAAAUUUUUGGAAUUCAUAAGUAACCUUCGAAAACAAUUUAUUAAAAGGGGCUUGUUGAAAUUUCACCCUGAGGACUCAAGUAAGAUUUAUAUUGGAACUUAUAAGUUAGAAGACAAUGGGCGGAAACAUGGAUCUCUUGAUUAUUACCAUUAUGAUCCAUCAGAGCAAAGACUAGUUCUUGUUCAAGCUAUAAUGACCGAAGCUGCAAUAUUGGACAUGAAAUUCAACCCUAAUGACACCUCUAUUUUAGUUUCGGCUCAUUCAAAUGGGCACAUAAUGCUAUGGACUGUAUCUAGUGGUGAAGGACCAAUUUUGAUUAAGGAUAUCGCAGUAGAUGAAGAUACUUUAAUCACAUCUAUAUUUUUUAGCCCUGUCCAUCAAAACUUGAUGCUCUUGACGCUUACUAAUGGUAGUCUGGCUGUUUUUGAUCUUGAAAACUGCACGCCUACUUUGCUAGAGACUCAACAUUCUUUGGAAUGUUGGACAGGGUCAUUUGGCGGAUUGGGUCAUUUACAAGAUGUUGUGUAUACAGGUGGUGAUGACUCCCAAUUGAUUGCUCAUGAUCUCAGAAUGGCAACUGCGAUAUGGACAUUGAAGAAAGGUCAUGAUGCAGGCGUUGUCAGCAUACUAUCUCCUACUACAAGAUGGAAUAGCAGCAAGUCGAAUUUGUUGUGGACCGGUUCGUACGAUGAUCAUCUACGAGUUUGGGAUCUACGGUGUAUCAGCAGCUCAAAUCCUAAUCUUCUUCCGAAUAGAAUGCCAAUAAAUCUAUAUAAAGAAAAUUUAAACGGUGGUGUUUGGAGACUUAUCCCCAGCCCUAAUGAUAGCCGAAUAUUGAGUUGUUGCAUGUACGAUGGUGCUCGAAUCAUUGACGCCCUGGAUGUCAACUUUCAAGUACAAAGAUACUUCAAAGGCGAUCAUGAGAGUAUGUGCUAUGGUGGUGAUUGGUCAAGCGAUGGAAAGGUUGUGGCAACGUGCUCUUUUUAUGACAACGUGGUACAAAUCUGGUCUCCAAAUGAAACUUGA